AAAAAAAACUCGCGACUCGGGCGGACUGGAGGGGCUACGAAAGGCGAAAUCCCAGAGCCCUCCGAUGUCAUCACGUCACACCGCCGUUACAUAGAAAAAGUAGAGGGGCGCGUCGGCGGCGGCAUUGGUGCUCUGACUGGCCAAGCGCUGAGGUGCCACCUCGGGUCUGAAGGACGCUGCGCUCGGGACUCGUCUAACGGGACAUCUCACCGGCAAAAAAAAAGUAAAAGUUCCCGGUCGGCUGAGGAAGCCCAACUUUGGACGCACGUGGACUUACAAAUGUGUCGGGGGCAUUGAGCAGGAACACCGCAGCCCGCGGCCAGGUGGGCUCGAGGCACGGCUUCACCUGCGAGGAAAGGCGCUAGAUCUCUUGGCUGACUUUGGGUGUGCAGCCCGACCUGACUGACAGUCGCGCUGCUCUCGUCGCCUGUCAUUUCUCGCAUCUUCUCUGGCCAUUUCAUUCUUUUUUUUUUUAAGAAUGGGGUGCGAGUGAAAUUCCAGAAGAGUCUCCUCCGCGCCCCCUAAGAUGGACCUUCCCCAAAUCCUGAAUACGACUCGCCUGUCCCUCGGCUGAUGUGCGACUCCUCGGGAUCUCCACCUUCCAAUGGACUCUUGACAAGUUUGUUGGGAAGGCUACCCGCUGACCGCCCGGCAGCUCUGCCCGGAGACCCCUAAGAAGACCACCGCGCUUCCCGAGUCGCCAAAGCCGGCCAGAUGCAGUUUCGACUUUUCUCCUGCGCGCUCAUCAUCCUCAACUGCAUGGAUUACAGUCAGGGUCAGACCAGCCGCUGGAAGAGGAGCAAGCGAGCUAGUUAUGGGCAAUACCCAAUAUGCAAAGGCUGCUCCGUUUGUUCCAAAGACAAUGGAUGCCUCAACUGCCAGCCAAAGCUGUUCUUCUUCCUUCGGCGGGAGGGAAUGAGACAAUAUGGAGAAUGUCUGCACGCCUGCCCAGCGGGGUAUUUUGAUCUGCGAGCGCCAGAUAUGAACAGAUGCUCAAGAUGCAGAAUAGAAAACUGUGACUCGUGUUUCAGCAAAGACUUUUGCACCAAGUGCAGAUCGGGCUUUUACUUGCACAAAGGCCGCUGCUUUGAGGAAUGUCCGGAGGGCUUCGCACCUUGGGAAGAAAGCAUGGAAUGUGUGGAUGGCUGUGAGGUGGGCCCGUGGAGUGAAUGGGGGACGUGCAGCAGGAGAAACAAAACCUGUGGCUUUAAAUGGGGUUUGGAGACGAGAACCCGGCAUAUCGUAAAGAAGCCCCCCAAAGACACAAUACCCUGUCCGACCAUCGCCGAGUCAAGACGAUGUAAAAUGGCCAAGAGACACUGUGUGAAAGGUAACCCGUUCGGGGGUUGA